AAAAAUUAAUCUCUUCUUCUUCUUCUUCUUCUUGUUCCUUAAUUGUAAAUCUCUUAAAAAAUAAAACAACAAACAAGCGCAGACGAGCAAACGAGUAAAUAGCAGAGGAGAAGAGAAGGCGCAGAGUAGCAUUGACAUGCGAAAUGUGCCUCUCAGUUUUGUGUUCUUCUUCUUCUUAUCCUACGCCUCCUCUUUCAAUCUCUCCACCAUGAAGGUGACGAAGGCGAAGAAGGUUCUUCUUCUCUGAUUUGUUCGUAUCGUACUUUCUUCUUUCUUCUUCUUCUUCUUCUUCUUCUUCUUCUUCUUCUUCUUCUUCUUCUUCUUCUUCUUCUUCUGCAUUCUCGCCAUGCAUUGGAUUACGAGAUUCUCCGCCGUCUUCUCCGCCGCAUUAGCCAUGAUUCUCCUCUCCCCUUCGCUCCGAUCCUUUUCCCCCGCCGCAGCUAUCAGAUCCUCGUCGCAUCCCGAUUCCGGCGAAUUCAAAUCCCGACAUCACUCAUCCUCCUCCUUUAGAGAAUCUCCAAUUUUUCGUAACGCCGACCAAUGCAGAUCUUCCGGCGAAGAUUCCGGCGUCUGUAACCCUAAUCUCGUCCACGUGGCCAUAACUCUCGACAUCGAUUACCUCCGCGGCUCAAUCGCAGCCGUCAAUUCAAUCCUCCAACACUCGAUGUGUCCUCAGAGCGUCUUCUUCCACUUCCUCGUCUCCUCCUCCGAGAUUCAAACCCUAGAAUCUCUCAUCCGCUCCACUUUCCCCAAAUUGAUCAAUCUCAAGAUUUACUAUUUUGCCCCUGAGACCGUACAGUCCUUGAUCUCCUCCUCCGUGAGGCAGGCCCUAGAGCAACCGCUCAAUUACGCCAGAAACUACUUGGCGGAUCUGCUCGAGCCUUGCGUCAAACGUGUCAUCUACUUGGAUUCGGAUCUCAUCGUCGUCGAUGACAUUGUCAAGCUUUGGAAAACGAGUCUAGGCCCGAGAACAAUCGGAGCUCCGGAGUAUUGUCACGCCAAUUUCACUAAAUACUUCACCGGAGGUUUCUGGUCUGAUCAGAGGUUUAACGGAACGUUCAAAGGGAGGAACCCUUGUUACUUCAAUACUGGUGUCAUGGUGAUUGAUCUCAAGAAAUGGAGACGAUUUAGUUACACGAAACGGAUUGAGAGAUGGAUGGAGAUUCAGAAGAUGGAGAGGAUCUAUGAGCUUGGCUCUCUUCCUCCGUUUCUUCUGGUUUUUGCUGGUCACGUUGCUCCCAUCUCACAUCGGUGGAAUCAACAUGGGCUUGGUGGUGAUAAUGUUAGAGGUAGCUGCCGUGAUUUGCAUUCUGGUCCUGUGAGUUUGCUUCAUUGGUCAGGUAGUGGUAAGCCAUGGCUAAGGCUUGAUUCCAAGCUUCCAUGUCCUUUAGACACUUUGUGGGCACCUUAUGAUUUGUAUAAACACUCCCAUUGACGCCCGAGUUCCCCCCAGUUUUUGCAUUCACAGCCAAAAAAUGAGGACUCAACCGAAGAUUAGCUGAGUUUUUUCAUUUGGUGGUCCAGACCGAGUGGUUUUCAACUGGAAACAAUUAUGUUGAAGACCUUGCCGGAACAGCACUAUAGUAGUAGUGUUGCUUCAGAGAGUUCAACAAGAGUGGAGAUACGAUUUUAGAAGAGUGAACUUCUUUAUAAGAGUACUGUACGAAUAUGUUUUUGUGCGAAGAAGAAAUUAAAUAAAAAUAUAGUUAGGGUUAUUCAAACAUAGCUCACAAGGUUAAA